AUGCGGUCUCGCAGGCGACUGGCUCUGCGAGACAAAACACCAGCCAGAAACACUCCGCAAUCAGUCAAGUCUCUCUCCCAUGCGCCGCCUGCGAAGGGGAGCUUGCUCACCGCCGCUGCGCGUAAAGCCGUGGAAACUCUGAAAAUCCGUGCCGGGGGAUCGCCUUUGGACUCUGAGAAUGAGGUCUCGCUACCGCCCUCGCCUACACCCGCGGAGCGCAUCCGUGGCAGUCCUUCACGACCCUCGCCACAAACACUUAAGCUUACUCCGAAGCUUGUCGCCAUAGCGUCCGACGACAGCCACGUCGGGGGGCGGAUGCCACCAUCGCUCACACGGGCAAAGGAGAAUCCUCGCUCUGGAGCUAUCCGCAGCUCGCUAGGGCCGCCAAGGCCCGUCGUCAGACAUGCCCCGCCCACCGCACCCCAGAGUUCGCCCUUGCGCAUGCUACCAAGUCCCAAACCGCGUCAUGUUCGACAUAUUCCCGAAACUGAACAAGGUUUAGAGCUGGACGCGCCCGUGAGCCCUUCACCCAUCAAGAUCCGCCGGCCGUCGGGUCUUUUCAAGGUGCUUUCUGACUCGGUGCCACACGCGCCGAGCGAGCCUCGCACCCCGAAGGUCGUCCCGCGCUCACCACACCGCAAGCGCGUACGCACGCUACUUCGGCCCGCCAACACGGACGAGGUCUUGGCGAGCCCCACACCGAAGAGGUCUACUGCGAGGGCGCGAUCUUCAUUGCUCCUUGCACAGUCCACGCCAUUGCCCUUGCAUGGGCGCCGGCCACACUUGCCGCUGCACAGGCUUCCAAGCCGCAUGCGAGAGACGCGUGAGGCGCAGGCCUCCACGCCUGCGGCCGCGCGCGAGCCAUCGCCUCUCCCGCCGUCUUCACCUCCUGCAGAGUCUGAACCUUCGCUGCUGCCGGAACUAGAACCAGAUUAUGACCCCGGGUUCGAUAUGUAUACGGAAGAGGGGGCUGAAGUAGACGAGGAAGAAGAGGACAAGGAGAACAAUGCCGCAUAUAAGCCUGCAAUUGCGGUCUCCGCUCAACAAGACAGGCUUUCAGAGGAAGAUGACCCCUUCGGUAUCCUUGCUGCGGAGAGGAAGCUGAAAGCGAAGCGUCAACCGAGUGCGCCUCCCCAGGGCAAGGGCAAGGGCAAGGAGCCGGUUGUGCCCCGCCGUCCACUUGGCACUCUCACGAUCGCGCUGCCGUCUCCCUCACCUGUGCCCUCUACUCACAGUCCCGCGCAACUGCCAACGCCUGCAUCAGAGGAUGAGCACAACAUUGACGACCUGUAUCUCGACAUCAGCAGUCCGCGGAUGCAACCGCGUGCUGGGCCGUCGACGGAGGUCGCAGACUGGGCGUUUGCCGAGGACGACUACGCCGACGAGAAUGUGGAGGCCGAUGAGGACAAGGAGAACGCGCCGCCGACGAUAACUGUGCCGAAUCUACUGCAGCCGGCGUCCUCGACCUUAUCCUCGCCACAGAGGGAUCCCCUCGGCACGCCACACAAGCCGCGUAGCGCACGCAAGCGCGCGCUGCUGCCGUCGUCUUCCUCUAGCUGGAGCUCGGAGCUGGCCGAGCCUUUCGCUGUAACGGGCGUCCCUCGGACCCGUUCACGCAGCCGGGGCCUGGGUGCAGAAGAAUGGUCGUCGCCCUCACGUGCGGCGAAUGCAAGGCAUGCGAGCAGUGCAAGACGCGAGAGUAGUGCAAGGCGUGCGAGUGCCUUACCACCUGCAGGGGAGGAGACAGGUCGGCAACGAGCAGUCGAGGUCAAGCCUGUGCAGAGGCAGAAGAGGAAGCGCCCGGCGGAGGAGAGCGACGAGGAUCCGAUGGAGGCGGCGCUAAGCAUGCUGCCAAAGCGGCCUGUCAAACGGCCUACCCGAAGUACUGCAGCACCUGCCAGAGGCCAGGAUCGCGGUCGCGGCAGGGGUCGGGCGCAGGUGCAGGCCGCGCGUGAAAGCGGAAGUGAGAGCGGCAGGGAAAGUGAAAGUGAAAGUGAAAGCGAAAGCGAAAGUGGAGGGGAGAGCGAGCCCACGACAAAGAAGGCUACGCGUGGCGGUACUGCGAGGGGGCGCAGUACUAGUCGUGGUCGCGGUACUAGUCGUGGUGGCGGCAGAGGAACAGGCAGAGGGCGAGGUCGAGGUCGCGGACGCGGGAAGGCAACGGGCGCAGGCGCAUCGCGCUCGACGAGCCGUGCUGCGCAGGACAAGGGCAAGAAGCGGGCACGCGACGAGGCCGAGCUGGACACGGAGGAAGAGGAGGAACGCACCCGCGCCCGUGCCGCGCGGAUCGAGUACUUCCGGAAGCUCGACAAGGAGUACAGCUUGGAGAAGGAAGACGUCUAUGUCAUUUGA